AUGGUUUCCGCCAAGCAGCACGUCCCUAUUGUGAAGAAGCGCACCAAGCACUUCACCCGGCACCAGAGUGACCGGUUUAUGCGCCUUGACUCGGCUUGGAGAAAGCCCAAGGGUAUCGACAGCCGAGUCCGGCGACGGUUUAAGGGCAACCAGGUCUUGCCAUCGAUCGGUUUUGGCUCCAACAAAAAGACACGGCACAUGAUACCAUCUGGCCACAAGGCAUUCCUUGUGAGCAACGUCAACGAUGUCGAGAUUCUCUUGAUGCACAACCGGACAUACGCCGCAGAAAUUGCCCACAACGUUUCGUCCCGAAAGCGGAUCGACAUCAUCGCGAGGGCUAAGCAGUUGGGCGUCAAGGUCACAAAUUCGAAGGCGAAGGUGACAGCGGAGAUUUGA